UGUGCCUUGCUGGCCUGUGUGGUCGUCCGAGCCGCUCCUCAUCAUGGUGGAGCCACCAGUCACGCUUCGGUGCACUUGGUGUCCCACGACGACCACCAUGAGGGAGGAGGCCACCACCAUCACGAGCACCAGGACGAUCACCAUGACUCCCAUGCCGAAUACAAUUUCAACUAUGGAGUCAAGGAUCACAAGACGGGCGAUGUCAAAGAGCACAGCGAAAUUCGUGAUGGCCACAAGGUGACUGGACACUAUGAGUUGAUCGAUGCCGAUGGUCACAAGCGUACUGUCCACUACACGGCUGACAAGCACAAGGGCUUCGAGGCCCAGGUCCACCGCGAGAAGCUGCAUCAUUUCGUGCCAGCACACCAGGCACAUGGACACAGCGGCUAUACUGGCGGAAAGGUUGACUUCGAGGAACACUCCGAUUCCGGCCAUUCUGGCUACUCCGGCCAUGGUCAUGAGGAUUUCCAUUCUCACGGCCAUGAAGGCGGUCACCAUGGCUCUAGCUCUCACGGCUUUACCUUGAAGCAAGAGCACGGUCACGGACACGGACACGAUGGUGGACACGAUGCUGGAUACGAUGCAGGAUAUGAACAUUCUUAUGGUGGACACGAGCACAGCUAUCAUUAA